AUGGAUCUGCAUGUUGAGGAGACCCCUGUAGCAUUGCAGCGUUUGUGGAACCUGACCCGUGCUCGUCUCACUGGCGCAUCCACUGCCUUAGAUGUUGCGCCUGAAUUUGUUGAAACUUUACCUCAUGCUCAGGAAUUGGAAAACAUUCCAAAAGUGUUUUUAUCCAUUUCUGGUGACAUUGAAAGUGAUGGCGAAGAAGCUUUCCCUGAGAUUGAAAUACCUGAAGCCGAUGAGCCUAACAAGGGCUAUUGGAGUCAGAGUGCGUACAACAAAGAGGUUUUAUUGGACGCAAGUGUUUUGGGAGAUGUGCCCGCUGUAUACCGUGUACCAGCUCCGGCGCCGCACCAAAUGCCUGUUAUUGGCGUGUACAUCGACCCCCGCGUGAGAACCGGAUUCAGAUACAAAGUGAGACCCAUGCAGGCUUUGGAUGCGUCCGCAAUGUCAGUGAAGCCGAAGUACUUGUUUGGAGGCAAGGCCCUUACCUUGCAAUCGAUUGGACGUGGAUUUGCCCGAAGAUUGACUUUUGAGCCUUUCAACUGCAAACUCAAUGACAAUGACAACUAUUUCUGGACCGACUCUAGGCCUGAGGGAUUUGUGUUUGAGAUUGAGGCAGUUUCUAUUGGAGACAAGUUUACUAUUUACGAUGCAAAUCACGAACCGCAAGGCGUUUUGGAAGUAGUUCAACAACAGAAGAAUCAAAUUGAAAUUGAGCAGAAGAUACACGAAGAUGGAUCUAUUGACAAAAAAAUUAAGAUAAACACCCUUUGCAAAGUCGAAUGGUAUGAAAAUGAUGGUGCAACGAAAUUGGUACCUGUGACUGGAGUGGCUAUAUUGAAAAAGGGUAGAGGCAACGCUACUGUAUCCCGAGUGGUAAACGUUGCAAUUGGUAUCAAACAAUUAAGAAAAGGUUACGAACUUAAACCUGGUGUAGAAUCCUCCUCCAGAAGAAUUAAAGUCAAUGGUGCAGAUAUAAAAGAUAUUCCAUGCCAAUAUUGUAUUGUUGGUUUAGAGAGAUACGAGUUGCCUGUCAUUGGGACAUACGUGGACCCCCGUAUCAUUCCUGGUUUCUACUACCGCGUGCGUCCCGCUGGCUGCAGACGGCAUCUCUUUAACGGUCGUAGCAUGUUACUUCAGUCUAUCGGCAUGGGCUACGGAAAGCGCAUUACGUUCAAACCUGAUACACUCAACGCACCUGAAAACUAUUUCUGGUCCGACUCUCAUCCUGAAGGUCUCGGCAUGGAACCUCGUGCCAUCCAACCAGGAAUGAAAUUUACGAUAAAUGGAAAUGGGGGUCUGUUGGGUGAAGCCAUCGUAUUCCGUGCCGAUUUGCCGCAAGUGGAAGAGAAAACUGAAUAUGUAGACGUGCCGGGGAAGCGCGGCAAGGCUGUGGAGAAAUACAUUCAUGUCGAUGUCACGUGCCACGUGAAGCUAGCAACCACUGGUGGCGGGUCUGUGGACUCAGAAGUGCACCUAAUGAAAGUGUCGGGAGUGGCACUAGUCCGUAAGGAGCCAGGCCAGUCCAUUGCUAAACUCACUAAAGUCUUCAAUGUCGGUCUGGACUCGCAGUUGAACCUACUGUUCGCCCACUCACAGACCGAGCUGACCUUCCAUCCCCUGCCUUAA